AUAUAAUAACAUGCCUAAAUGAAUUAGUGCCUCAGACAAAGAGAUUUACUGUAGGUCAUGAAAGACCUGUAUGAUGAACUAUUUCAAUCCCAGCUGCUUUUGUUUGCAUAAUGGUUUUAGUACUUUGCUGGUGAGAUGAGGCAUAACCAUUUCCAGGAAUAUGAGAGUCAACAGCAACCAUAUACUUGCAUGAGCUUACCAGUUACUUUCAGUUUCCUUUCUCUGUAAUUUUCAUCAGAAAGGAAAGUAGGAGGGAGGGAGGGGAGUAUGAAAGCUACAACAGGAAGGUUGCUGUUCUGAUUUAUACACAGUAGUUAACCUUCUGAGAGAGAUGAACCACAAAUCUUGUCAUUUGAAAGAAUAGCAUCACUCAAAAUGGAGAAGGUUCUGGAGAAUAUAGUGGCCAUGGUGAAGCAGCACCCAGCUGGGAUCCCCCUUAAAAAGCUGGCUGUAUUCUACAGCCAGACCUACCACAGCAACCUGACCUUAUCCUCCCUGGGAUUUGACUCCAUGGCUAGUCUGGUUGCCUAUCUGAAGAGGGAUCUGGUUGUGGAGGGAGAACUGGUGCUUCACAAAACUCCCAGCCGUUCGAGACGGGCUGGAGCAUUAACAAAAGCUACAGAAGACAGCAAGAGUGUGGAAAAGGUUUUGGAAGAUGUAGUGGACAUGGUGACACAGCAUCCAGCUGGGAUCCCCCUGAAAAAGCUGGCUGUAUUCUACAGCCAGACCUACCACAGCAACCUGACUGUAUCCUCAUUGGGCUUUGACUCCAUAACUAGCCUGGUUGCCUAUCUGGACAGAGAUCUGGUUGUGGAGGGGGAACUGGUGUUUCACAAGUACCAUCGCGGUGACAGACGGGCAGUAACUGGAGCUAGAGCUGGACAAACAGCAAAAGCUACAGAAGACAGCAAGAAUAUGGAGAAGGUUUUGGAAGAUGUCGUGGCCAUGGUGAAGGAGCACUUAGCUGGGAUCCAGCUGAAGAAGCUGUCUGUAACCUACAGCCAGACAUACCAAAAGAACCUGACUUUAUCCUCAUUGGGCUUCGACUCCAUAGUUAGCCUGGUAGCCUCUCUGGACAGGGAUCUGGUUGUGGAGGGGGAACUGGUGUUUCACAAGUGCCAUCGCAGCCGGGCUGUAGCUGAAGCUGGAGCUGAAGCUGGAGCUGAAGCAUCAGCAAAAGCUACAGAAGACAAGGAAGACAAGGAGAAGAUUGAGAACGUUUUGGAAAAUAUUGUGACCAUGAUGACAGAUUUCCCAGAUGGGGUUCCUCUGAAGAUGGUGGCUAUAGUCUACAGCCAGAGAUACCACCACAACCUGGCCUUAGCCUCUUUUGGCUUCAAAACUAUUUCCUCCCUUGUAGCAUCUUUAGAAGGAGAUCUAGUUGUACAGGGGGGCGUGGUUUUCCAUAAGAUCUACCAGCCUCAAAAUCAGCCUGUAGUUGGGAAGCCAGCCCCAGAGGACAGCAGGCCUGCCACACCACAGAGAACUGAAACACUUAUUGAGAAGAGUAGUGCUACUCCAAGUGUUACAGUGCCACAGGUUGAUGUCAGCUCUCAUAAUGUACCUCCCACUCAGACAGGAAUGAACCUUUUAGGUCCUUCUUUGAUUCCCAUUGCCUCUUUGUUCUCCUCCCACGGUCUUCCUGUUAACCCACUCUUUACUGCAUCCGAGCCAGCUGAGAAAUUGACUCAAGAGCAGCUGUACCAGAGGGUCAUAGAGGUGAUGAAGAAGUACCAAUUGAGUGCUCCAUCAAUGGACCAGCUCCAAACCUGCUAUUCUCAGCAGUUUGGUGAGCAGUUUCCUAUCACACAGUACAUGUCUCUGUAUGACAGCUGGGAAGCAUCUUCCCCGAAGAAGCUUCCCACUCAAUCUGAACCAACAGCAAUUCCCAAGACUGUUGUUUUGCAGACAACUGCAGCACCACGGGAUCUUCUGAGAGAGCCUGAAGAAGAACAACCGCAACAGGCCAUUGUGUCAAACUUCCUCUCUAGCUCUGACUUUCCAGUGCUGGGGGCAGAUGGGAACUCGACCAAAGAGAAGAAGAGCAAAAUUAAAGAUGCGACCCAGAGAGAGGGCAGACUCACCGUCUUUAAAGAAGCUUAUCAUGCCCAGCUGAGGGAGGUCCAUGGAGGUAAUAUGCGAGCAGUAGAAGCGUUGGAGGAGGAUGGGGAGGAGAUCACAGGGUGGAGGAGGAACAGGAACAGAGUCCUGGAUCAGGAUUCAGUCAACAGUCUGAUGGAUGAUGUGAUACGAGACAUCGCUUCAGAGGGAGAGCUGGUCACCAAAGAGAAGGUGAUAUCCAGGGUGUGCAGGCUGAUGCAGAUUCCCUCUUUGGAUGCAGGAAGGAUACAACCCUGGAAGAUUCCGGCUUUGAAAGACCUUCAAUACAUCAUCAGAGAGAUCAACAUGUUCAUAGAGUCAAGUGAAGCAGUGGUGUCCAUCUGUACGCUGUAUGAGCUGGGCCAGUCACUGGCUGGCCUUAAGAACAAGAAGCGCUAUGAAGAGCUGAACCUGGGGCCCCUCUGCAAACUCCCCCUCAUCCACCGCAUGUUCAAGAUUGACAGUAACACUAAGGAUGACGAUAUUCACCAGAUCGAGACAAUUGACAUCUUAAAGCAACUUCGUGUCUAUAGGAGGCAGCAGAACAAGCCAAAAGUAGACCUGGCUGAGUUUAUGAAGUAUCUGGCUGACCACUACAACUGUGACUCUCCCUACGAGCUGGGGAUCAGGAUACACAGCGUUGGACUGCCCAUAGCGACCUUAUUGAAGGUGAGUCGAUGUGAGCACUCCAUCUUGGAGCAAGCCAGGGAAGUCAUCCAGAAUGAGAUGGAGGAGGAGACCUACGAGCGGCUGAGAAAGAUAAAGAAGGGCAUAUUUGAGUCAUUGCAUGUAGCAGGCAGCUUAGACCUCAGGAAGAGGUAUGCUUCCAUGCCGGCAGCAGAGGUAGCGCUGGAAGUCUUCUCCAACGUAGAGGGGGUGUUCAGUCCCAAGAUGGCUAAGCACAUCCAGAGCUUCCUGCUGCAGGUGUCAGGUAACCGGCUGGCAAAGGCUCUGUUUCAGCUGGCGAUCUGUGGAGGCUCCAUGGCUGUCCCACUAGACCUGGUGCCCAAAGAGAAGACAUCCAACACCACCGGACAAACUAAAGAUCAGGACAAACCCACCACCUCCCUCCCCAGUGAAGCCAAAGUGAAGCAGUACCUCAAAGACAGCCUGUCCUCUCAGAACACAGCCACCACUUUGGCCAGCAUGGCCUCUUUGGAGAAGAAGUUGACCAAACACUUCCAGGUCAAAGAUUUCCUCUCUUUAGAGCAAGGAAACUUUCUUGAGUUCCUGGUUAAACACAUUCAGCUGCUGCAGGACACACUGGGGUCUACUUUGAUCCUGGGCAGUGGCAGCAUGGAACUUGCGGGCAGUGGAUUCGGACCCACCAGACAAGACGUGUUUGAGUUCAUCACACAGUGUGGCGACUGUGACUCCACUGAUCCAGAUGAACUCUACCACAUUGAGUCGGCACUGAGAUCACACUACAGGAUCCGGGACAGUCGUGACCUGGGCUACGGCACUCUUCACAUGCUGGCUGGCCUGGUCCAACGGCAGAGACAGCUGGCUGGAGGAGGACUGAGCCAGGUCUACUACGAGUCAGCCCUGUUUGCCAAACACAGCAAAUCAAGUACUGAAGGUGGGUGUGAGGCAGUGGGGCACCUAGGUGAGAUGUCCAAGGUCCAGGCCCUGGCCAGCUUGCUCUCCUGUCCUCUGCUGGAAGAUCUAAGUGAGUGGAGCCAAUGGGAGCUGAUCUUCAAACCCUUGCAUGGCUCCCUCAGAGAUUUCAUUGAAAGAAAUGCAGCUGAUACAGGCCUGGCAGCGUUGGAGGUGACACCAGGUUUGCUCCUCAGGAUCACCACACUCACAGGAGACAAGCAUUUCUCCAGUGCCGCUAUGAUCCUCGACCCUGUCGGCACAGCUGGCCACCUUGUGUCCAUGGUAGUAGCUGAUGGGAUCGUCAAUGCUCCCACAGCCCUCCUGGCCAAUCACAUGCAUAGCUCCCUGGCAGCAGCUGUGGCUAAAGAAGAUCUGUCCCAGGCUGAAGAGGGUGCGUCAUGUUACAGCAGAGUGGCCAAAUUCUUCUUGGAAUGUUUGACACGAAUCCCCUCUAGAUCCUGCCGGGCUCUUUUGAAGCAGGUGUUUUUGGAGCCUUUCUCUCUUGUCUUGGGCCAGGCCAAGUCUAAACAGAUCCUGAUCACUGUGGCCCAGUCCGACCCGAGACACAUGAACUGUCUGCAUCGGCUGGGGAUCCUCCUGGGCAUCACGGACUGGGUCAAAGACUACCAGAAAAAGCUGAACCCACAACAGAGCCUCAAAUGCAACGCGCACACAGCCCCGGUGGAGCAGGCCAAGUCUAAAUUGAUAGAUUCUGAGAGCAGUGUCCUGUCAGCUCUGAGUGAAGAUGAGUAUCUUGAGGAUAACACGAUGGACAACAGCUUUGCCUCCUCUCAGCUCAACCAGAGCCUACAACAAGUCAAUGGUGAGCAAGACGUAGAGGUUGAGGAGGGAGAGGAUGAAGAGGAGCUGUAUGAGUUGGCCUCCCUUCCUAACGGAGAGACAUCAGACAUCAGCAGUGAAGCUGAAGGAGGCCUAGACGAGCAAAAUGAUGCUUCUCGCUGCCAAUCAGCGACCACAUUAAAUCCCCACAGAGCCAUAAUUGAGGACAUCAGGAAGAGUGAGUUUGGAAUUGGUGUAGAAUUGACCGCUGAAGGCCAGAGGCUGAUGCAGGUCCACCAGGAAAGGCUGGGUCGCAGCUUAGACCGCCUCUCCACCGAACUCUACAGCAAAGACACACACUUUGUCCUGGAACUCAUUCAGAAUGCUGAUGAUAACAGUUACCCAUCAGAGGUUGGUGUUGUUCCAGCGCUUGCCUUUGUGGUGGAGAGAGACAGCAUCACCAUUCUCAACAAUGAGACCGGCUUCCAGGAAAGGAACAUCAGGGCCAUUUGCGAUGUGGGCCAAAGCACCAAGGGCAAACACAAAUAUGGAUACAUUGGUCAAAAGGGCAUCGGCUUCAAAUCAGUGUUUAAAGUCACAGACUGUCCAGAGAUUCACUCCAAUGGCUUCCACUUGCGCUUCGACAAGACCUGCGGCCCCAUGGGAUACAUCCUCCCCCACUGGACUGAAGAUGAGAGGCUUCUCGACACACGGGACAUAAAUCCGCACAGCUGGACCACUAAGAUCUGCCUUCCUCUACGCUCCGAGAGCAAACAGACCAGGAACCUGUUUCAUGACGUGCACCCCUCCCUGCUGCUCUUUCUGCACCGCCUGCGCUCCAUCACCAUCUACAAUCAGAGCGAGAAGCGUCUUGUGACGAUGACUCGAAAAGACCUGAGUCACAAUGUGUUAGAGGUGGAGCACACAGAGGGCAUUGAGCGCUGGCUAGUGGUCAAAACUACGGUGCAGCCCAAGAAGAUCAAAGAGGAUGUUGAGUCCACUGAGCUUGCCCUGGCUUUCCAGCUGGACAGCAACAUCACAGAAAGCGACUUUGUGUGUCAGCCACAGAAACAACCUGUGUUUGCGUACCUGCCCUUGCGCAGUUUCGGCUUCCGUUUCAUCAUCCAAGGUGACUUCGACAUCCCUUCCUCUCGUGAAGACGUUGACAGAGACAGCUCAUGGAACCAGUGGCUUCGAUCUGAGAUUCCACAACUCUUCCUCCAGGCCAUGGAUGUCUUCACUGAUCACCCAGAGUUCACGGGGCUGAAGGGCCUCUGCCAGUUCCUGCAGUUUAUCCCCCUGCCUGACGAGGUGUUGGACUUCUUCAAGCCUGUUGCCGGGCAGAUUAUUCAGAUGCUCAAGGGCAAGGCGUUCCUGCCCACACUCAGCUCAGAUGGUACGGUUGUGUACAAGCUGCCGUCCCAAGUGGCCGUCUGUAAGGACGCUGUGAUCCGCGACGUGAUUGGCGGAGACGAGCUUGAAAGGCAUCUCUCUCUCUCCUAUCUUCAUCCUGGUUUGAGCCCUGCCCCACCCACCUCGCUGCUCACUCACCUAGGAGUGCGAUACCUGCGGGGAUCUGACGUCACCUCGGUAACCACAGCAAUGGCCAAGAAGCUGAUGGAAGGCAUCCAUUCAGAUGGCGCCCUGCGUCAGCUGGCCAAGCUGCUGGUUUGCAACUUCAGAGCUCUGGAGCAUGGUUACGGAGAGGCAGACUCCAUCUUGAAAACCCUCAGGGAUUUACCCAUAAUCCCCCUUGCUGACGGACGUGUGGUUGCACUGAGCGGGGAAGGAGUGUUCUUUCCAAUGGAGGAAACCAAGACCAAUAAAAAGAAAAUUCAAGCUCAGACAGGCCCUCUGUCUGCAUUGUACAAGGAUGUAAAUGUAGUUCACCCCUCUCUGCUGAGCUGCGUGGAGCCGCUGGAAAGUCAGCAGGUCCGGGAGCUGCUGAGAAGACUCGGAGUUCACGACCUGGAGCCUCAAGAGCUACUGGAGCAGCACAUCUACCCUUCAAUACAGAACAACAAAUGGAAGUUAAAGCCUGAAGCAGUGGUGGUGAGUUACUUGGUUUUCAUCAAGCUGCAUUCCUCCUCCAGCCAGGAAUACUCCGACAUUGCAGUACCCGUCCUCACCAACAGGGGUCUGCUGUGCCCAGCCGAUGAAAGGGUGCACUUCUCUGAAGAGUACGGCAACAUCGACCUGCCAAAGAAACUGCCCGGCUGGGAUUGGGUGUUGCUGAGUCCCUGCUAUGUGCAGACAGACAGCGAUGUAGCAGGAUGGAGGGAGCUGUUCAGCCAUCUGGGAGUCAAAGACGGUCUCAUCAUCCGCAAAGAGAGACAAACACUCACUGCUAAAGAACUGGCCUCCAGUCCUUGGUCAGUGGAAAGUACAAUGUGGCCCCAAAAUCCAGGAGGGGGCUUUGUGCUUGAUGACUACCCCUGUGAGGAGUUCCAUGCCCUGGCCACAGCCCAGCUGCCCGGCCACCUCCUCCUGCAGCAGAGAAUGGCCUUGCUCAAGCUUCUGGCAGAAAACUGGGAUACCGGACACCGCUACUCUCAGUACCUCACAGCUCAGGUGAUUGACAGUGAUGGACAACCAAUCAAAAGCAUCAAGUCCUCCUUCUACCACUUCUUGUGUCACCUUGAAUGGGUUCCAGCCUAUCGCCCACUGGAAAGAGAAGAGCAAGAGAGAAUGUACCUCUGUCCAAACUCAGUCUACCUGACUUCACCUGAGGUCUCCAGGCUGCUCGGGACUCAUGUCUGUUAUGUGGAAAUAGACCCCAGCGAGUUUAGCAGAGCUUUAGGAAUGAGACAUAGUAUCUCAGUGGACACUCUGAUAAGCUACCUGAAGAAAUGGUGUGUAAAACCAGAAGCCGAUGACCAGGAGCAGAGACGAGCUGAGGACGAGUUAGAGGGGGCAAACUUCUCUUCCACCGUUGAGCACAUCUGCAAUGUCUACACCUAUCUGCAUAUGAACUGUACCCAGAGCACCCUGAAGGACCUGUUCCAGCACACGCCUGCUGUAUUCAUAGAGUACAGGCGGAAUGAUGAGUGGUGCUCAGGACGUUUCUACCACCUGAAGGAUGUGUGCUGGAGUGACCCGACGGGGAUGUUCCAGCGCUACAGACAGCUGACCCAAGGAUUAGACAGCCCUGUCCAGCAGCCCAAAGUCCUGCAUCCCUUCUACAACCACCUGGAUGGCAUGAAGAACUUCUUCAUCAAACUGCUGGAUGUGGAUCUCAGUCCCAAUAUGAAGCAGUAUGUCGGAUUGUUGGAACUGAUCUGUUCAUCAUCUCCCAUACCAACUGCUGAAGUGCUGCAGGAUGUGUCGGUGCUCUAUGCCAGACUUGCUCAAAAGUGUAAAAUUCAAAUGUCUGGUGACCAGGAAAACAUCUCUCCGUUCGGACUCAAUUCCGGGUACUGCUCCACCUUAAAGGGUAUGGUGUCCGAUAAAAGGGUCUUCCCCACCAAGGAUAACAGCUGGGUGAGUCUGGCACGCAAACCCAUGAUUGCUGACAACAAAGAGGUGGAAAAGAUCUUUAAACCUCACAAGCAGAUCUGUCUGCUCAACCUGCCACCAGCAGAGAAGAAGACUGCUCCCAGGACCAAGACCUGUGUGCCGGGAGAACGAGCCAACACCGUACCUGCCUUCAACGAGGAGGACCGAGGUUUGUUUCUGGAGAUCUGUGGGAUCCGUAAGCUGACCCAGUGUGUGAAGACUCAGCCUCAGACUGAGAACCUGAGACCCUGUCCGCCCAUGCAGGCCAUGGUGCACGCUUUGAUGCCCUACAUCCAGAGGUUCCUGUACCACCACGACGAGCUGGCUGAAGUCUACUCAGAGCUGAUUGACAACAAGAUCGGGGAGAAAAUCAAGCGACUUUCCUUCGGACAGGUGGGUAAGCUGUACAUCUGCUACCAGCUGGAUGUUGCUGACAGUGAGGCUCCAGUGGUGGAGUUGCAGGAUGUUAUCUGUCUGCUGAACGAUGAGAAGGAGCUCUACAUCCAGAAAGAUCACCUCUCAGCCAAGCUGGACAUCUGCAGGGAGCUGGUGAAAUUGUUCUGCACAGAGAGCAGCCACAGAAAAGAGCUGAUGCAUUUCCUGAGCGGCCUGAUAACCUCCCUAAAUGACCAAGGCUCUCUGAUGAGGUUCUUAAGCAAGGAGGACAUCAGAGAGCUGCCCAGUGGGGAGGAGCUGUGGGAGGUCCCGGAGCCCCCCAAACCAGACAUUAACCUGGAGAGAGUGCUAUCAAGGAGUUACUCCUCCAUCAGCUCCCCAGAGGAGCCUUCUCGCCCCGCACAAGAGGAUGGGGCACAGACCCUGGUUUGCUGGCCUCCUCGAGCAUCUAUACUGAACACUGGAGCCUGUCGCACAGGUCAGGCAGAUAGCAGUGUGGUAGAAGCAGUCAUGAAGAUGUGGCCACCUCCAGCUGCGCCUAAAGACCGAGACCAAGAAAAGGAUGCGGCCCCCAGAGGGAGCAGCCAUGUCGUCCCCCAGAGUCCCAGCAGCAGCAGCAGCUACGAGGGAAACCAUCCACUGGGGAGCAUCAGCAGACUGACAGAGCUGCCCGGCCUUCAGAGAGUCCUCAGCCCUGCAGACCAGCCUAACUCUGCUGCACCUCCAGAGAGGGAGUCUGACAUUGCUGAGAAUGCAGAGAGAAGCCGCGCAGCUCCCAGACCUCCAUCUGCACAGCCUGCUGAGACAGCCAGCCACCAACCCGCUCCAAACAGCCUCGUCGUCCCUGAGGCCGUGGUGCUUCCCAGUUUGUUUCAGGGGGCUGCAGAGACUCAGCGUCCUCCUCUGAACCUGGACUUCCCUCUCUGGAACAAAGUCCAGCCUCCACAGGCCACCCUGGAGGACAUGGAGCUCACCUGCCAGAGACCCACCACCGUGGUGUUAUCUGAUGACCUGAUGGAUGUGGCAGCGAUCGGUGAGUGGGGGGAGCAGCUUGUCAACUCCUUCCUGUGCCACUGGAGAGACAGUGGCGAGCCCGGACGACCUGAGCAUGUCCUGUGGUGCAACCACGGCGGGGAGAGCGGCCAGCCCUACGACUUUAAGCUCACUUUUGAACCAGCAGGAGGGCCGGGGGUGCUGUACGUGGAAGUGAAGUCAACCGUAAAGAAAGAAAGGUCGUUCAUCAACCUCUCGGCCAACGAGCUGCACUUUGCACUGAAAGAGAAGGAGCGCUAUCACAUAUUCAGAGUGUACAGUGCAGGAGACGCCCAGAACGUCCGCCUGUGUCGCAUUCAGAACCUGGCGCAGCAUCUCCACACAAAAGACCUGCUACUUUAUCUGUUGGUAUAAGUCCUUUACACUAUAACAACUCACACCACCAUAACAUGUUAACAUGUGUAUUCACAUGCCUUUUUUAAUUUCAUCUUUUCUGCACUGAUUGUAGUUGUUUUAAUGUGCCCAUGCUACUACAGAGUAGGCUUUUUAUGUUGCAUGCUAAUGACAUGUCUGUCCAAAAAUAUUUUUAUUGCCAACAAAAUGUACAAUUUUAAAGUUGUUUUUAUUCCUUUUUAAAUGGCCCCUACCUCACCUUUACUCUAGCAUUCCUUUUAGAAUAAAAUCCUUUUUCUGACAGCU